AUUUUUGAGGAACUGAAAGCAGCCAAGGGUGGUGGGGGGGAAAGGGAGGAGCACUAGGGCCAAGGUUACCCAUGAGAGUCCAGACAGCAGAAAAGCCCUGCUAGAGGAGAAACACAGAGAGAGAGGGAGAGGGAGAGACAGAAUAGGUGAGGUUAUUUUCUUUAAAUGACUUACGAUUAUUAAUAACCCGAGACCGAAAGCAACAACCUGGGGCGAGAGAAAAGAAAAGAAGACAAAGAAAAGACGCUGGAAUAACUGCCACACGGGCAAAGAGAAAGAGAAAGAGAGACAGAGACACAGAGAGAGACAGACAGACAGAGGCAGUUCAAAGGCAACCGAAGCGAAAGUUGACAGUUGACUGUUUACCCAGCGACGUCAAGAGAGAGGAACUCUUAAAGGGAACUCCCAUCUUAGAGGAGACGGAAGAGGGGGGGUUAAAAGUUAGAAACAAUAGCUGAAACACACACAUUGACUGAGAGAACUGGACUACAUGGACUACUGACACAGGGGAACAAAGAGCAUAGGUGAGAGGACCGCAGCAGCUUGUCCCAGCCUGGUCUUGUGUGUCAUUUAGACAGCAGGGGGGAGUCACACACAGGUCACCAGACAGUUAGCUCCAGCUGCGCCGCACCAUGUUGCUGAAGGAGUACCGCAUUUGCAUGCCGCUGACCGUGGAGGAGUACCGGAUCGGUCAGCUGUAUAUGAUCAGCAAGCACAGCUGUGAGCAGAGUGACGGGGGGGAGGGGGUGGAGGUGGUGCAGAACGAGCCAGAGCUACACCCGCAGCACGGCCCGGGACAGGUGACGGAGAAGCGCAUAUACCUCAGCAGCAAACUGCCAUCCUGGGCAAAAUCAUUCGUCCCGAGAUUCUUUUAUGUGACAGAAAAGGCCUGGAACUUUUACCCAUACACUAUCACAGAGUACUCAGUCUCCUUCCUACCAAAGUUCAGCAUCCGUAUCGAUACCAAAUUUGAAAACAACAAUGGACAAAAUGCAAAUGUGUUUGGAGACCAGCCGACCCCAGAGGAGAGUGUGUGUUUCCUGGAUAUCCUCACUGACCCCAUCCCUGAAAAGAACUACAAAGAGUCAGAAGACCUGAGCCGCUGGCAGUCCGACAAGACAGGCAGAGGGCCCCUGGAGGAGGGCUGGAGGGCCUCGGCCGAGCCCAUCAUGUGCUCCUACAAGCGAGUGAGCUGCAGCUUCGAGGUGUUCGGCGUGCAGGGCCGAACGGAGGAGUUCAUACACAAAAACAUUCGGGACAUUCUUUUGGUUGGCCAUAGGCAAGCGGUUGCCUGGAUCGACGAAUGGCACGGGAUGAGUCUGGACCAGGUGAGGGAGUACGAGAGGCUGCUGCAGGAGGAGACCAACAGCAAAGUCAAAUCGAGCCAGUGCGGCACAGGUCAACCGAUGGCCUCUCGCCCGACCAUUUCGCGCUCUGUCUCCGUGACCGAUGAUCGCUCGCUGACGAUGAUGGAGGGAGGAACUCAACCAUGACCGACUCCGAGCCCUCUCACCCCCGCAGCCCCAUACGCUUACAUUCAACCCCCGAGUGAUGUCUCACACACAAUCACCCCACACACACACAUGCAUACAGCCAUAAAACAUUUCCCAUGAGACCAAACCCAGAAGAUUGAUACAAUUCUAUCCAAAUCCAAUAGCAACCUCCAAGCGUUAUGCAGCUAAAACACACACACCCACCAACACCCAACCACCAACACACACACACACACACACACACACACACACACACACACACACACACACAUACACACACACACACACACACACACACAGACACACACACACACACACACACACACACAGACACACGCACCACAAACACACAGACACACGUACAAACACACAUAUUAACACAAACUACGCACAAAACCCUCUACCUUGCGUGUCCUCGACUGCCACCUUCAAGCCGACCUUGGGCCUUGGUCGAGAGCAGGCUAAGUGCAGCUUUAACUGCAGUGCAUCACCGCCGCCCUGCUGCGAUCCACAGGCCAGGAGGGCCCCCCCAUCACCAGGCCAGCGCCCCCCCCCCCCCAGCCCCCUGACCCCCCCGGCCCCCUGCCCCCCCGGCCCCCCAGCCCCCUGGUACCCCAGCUCACUCCAGCCCUGAAGCCUGGGGACAGGUGCAUGGGGAGUUUAAUAGAGUGGAUCUCAUAUGAGCGCAGUCAGGGGUUUAUGGGGACUGGGGAGGGGGGAGGGGGCUGCUGGGGGGGGCGGGGUUUACGCCGUCAAUGUUAUGGAUCUGUGCCGUUCACCAGCCCCAGCCAAUAGGUCAGGCCAGUGCGCUGACCGGGGGGGGGUAUUAAAGGGUUGUAUUGGUUCCUUGGUCGCUCUGCCGUGAUAUCUGCCCGAGUCAGGCCAGGGAUAACCUGCAAUGAUGAGCCAAUCAUACGGCCGCUUAUGAUAUGGAUGGGGGGGGUGAAAGGCCCGUCACCGUUGGAGAUCAACUGUGGUGAGAAUGAUAACUCGCAAAAUCCCGAUGUAAAAUAAAAGUGCUUUUGUUUUUGUAAUGAUCUUUUUAUGAACCAAUGAAAAAUACAUAGACAUUGUAAUAUUGAUCUGGAAGAUGUAUUAUCAAACCAUUUUGAUCAACUCUCAGGGUGCCUGUAUCAAUAAAAGAAACAGAUACACUUCUGCUCACUUCUUUCUGUC